GCUCCGCCAUCCCGCAAUACCCAACCAACUCCAGGUUAUAAUAAGCAAAGCCCUUGUCGGAUUAUCAAGGAGCGGUGAAACCGCAUCUUUCUCGACUUGAGUACACCACGCGGGUGGCGGCGAAGAACAAGGGGAAAAUGAUACGAAAUCCGAACGGUUACAUCACCGCGGAGCUGUUUGCCAGCUGUUAGUAGCGCGGAUGCAAAGCUAUGAGCAGCUUAAGCUAUCUAAGAUAGGUAGGUAGGAACUUGUCGGCUCCAGGACAUCCAGUCCCAUGACGCCCAGUCCCACGACACCACCAAAUGGUGGUGGCCAGUGGCCGCCGCGGCGGCCCUCGAAACGCAGUAAACUGCGCAACGGCACCUUCAUCAUCCCCACCACUGGCGAGCGUUCGCGCCGCCAGUUCACCCUCCGACACCCCCGGGAACAAGCCGACGAGCCCGAAGUCGGCACCACGCGGCCGCCCAUCUUCUCCCGCGAGUCCAUGUCCCGACGACUGCCCGCCCUGGGCCACGGCGCGAGGGCCGCCCUCGUCCGCUUCGGCAAUUGGCUGAACUCGCCGACGGGCAGGGGCAUCCUCAAGUGCACCCUGGCCUACACGCUGGCGAGCCUGGCCACCUUCCUGUCGCCGCUCUCGACCUUCCUCGGCAGGCCGGACGGCAAGCAUGUGGUGGCUACGAUAACGGUGUAUUUCCAUCCCGCCCGCUCGGCCGGUUCCAUGAUCGAAGCUAUCUUGAUCGCCCUCGUCGCCGUAGCGUACGGCCUGGUCAUGUCGGUGUUGUCCAUGGCCGUCUCGGUGCUCGUCGGCUCAGUGUGGAACCAGGUCAUGCUCGCCCACAUCCUGGUAUUGGCCGUCUUUGUCGGUGGAGGCUUUGGCUUCAUUGGCUGGGUCAAGCAGAAGAUGAACAACCCGCUGGUCAACGUCGGCAGCACCCUGGCCUCCCUGGCCAUAAUCGGCGUGGUCACCAAGGAGAGCGCUGUGGUUUCUAACGUCUUCUCCGACCAGAAGAUCGUCCAGAUCCUCAAGAUGCUCAUCAUGGGCGUCUCCAUCACCACCGCCGUCAACCUCCUAGUCUGGAGAGUUGCCGCCGUGGCACUCGUGAGGGAGUCCAUGACUAAGGCGUCGGGCUCUCUGGGAGACAUGCUCGCCAUGAUCACGCGCGGGUUUCUGAGCGGCUCUGAGGAAGACGUCCUCUCGGCCGAGUUCUCGGCGGCUUCGGCCUCGUAUUCGUCGGUUUACCCCCAGAUGUUGAAGGACUUGCGCGACGCAAAGUUCGAGCGCUACUUCGUCGGGCACGAAACGCUGUAUCAGCUAGACAGGGCAGUAGUGAAGUCGAUAGAGACCCUCUCCCAGUCCAUAGGCGGCCUGAGGAGCGCGGCGAACACCCAAUUUGCUCUCUUGAAGGAAACCGGGCCGCCCUCCGGCAUGUUCUCUCCUGGCACCUCGCCAUUCCCCCCGGGGCUAAGCCCCGGUACCUCGAGCUUGCUCAGGAGCGGCAAGGACCGCUUGCCCGUCCUAUCUUCCAUCGACGAGGCCUCCGAGGAGAGCGCCGAGGAUGAUACAAACCGGUCCCGUGGCAAGGACCCGGUCGAGGCGCCGUCCUUCCGUAGCCCGUCAGACAUUUUCGAGCUCUUCAUCGCUCUCCUAGGCCCGUCCAUGAAGUCCUUGGCCUACACGCUUUCAGAGAUCCUCCGCGAGCCACCGUUCGGGGCCGCACCAGAUUACGAGAUUACGAUCAAUGAGAAUUUCCGCCAGAGUCUCUCAGAUGCGCUCGGGCUCUUCAACACAGCCAGGGCCAAUGCACUGGAAGAAUUGUAUUCACACCUCGAGCUGAAGCGGGCCAGGACGGAGCAGAUACAGGCGGACUUUGAGGAGGUCGCCGCUGCCUGUGGACAUUUCUCCUUCAGCCUCCAAGCCUUUGGGGAGGAAAUGCAGAAGUAUCUCGACGUCCUCGAUGACCUGAAGUUUGCCAACCAGUAUAAGAAGCGGAGUUGGCGAUGGCUGCUCUGGUGGAAGCAAGGGAGACGCGGCUACCCUUGGUCUAUCUCGGCGCUGCCGUACGACACCACGGACGAGAGUGAGAGCUUGAUCAAGCCGAUCAAGAAGACGGCAAUGCCUCGAGGCAUUCCCGAUAGCAUGGUUGAGCGACGGGAUACCUACAACUGGCAGGCCGCCGCCGCGGACCACAGAAUCAUCGCGACCAUCUCACAAAAGCUGCUCAGAAUGGUCAGGAAGCUGGGUAGACAUGACAUCCGAUUUGGUCUCAAGGUCGGCCUAGGAGCCGCACUCUGGGCCAUGUUCGCGUUCAUCCCGCAGACUAGGGCCUCGUACCAGCACUGGAGAGGCGAGUGGGGUCUUCUGUCCUUUAUGAUUGUCUGCUCUAUGACUGUCGGAGCUUCGAAUACGACCGGGUGGUCUCGGUUCCUCGGCACCCUCGUCGGCGCCGCUGCAUCCACCGUAAACUGGACGCUCACCCAAGGCAACGCUCUCGGCCUGAUCCUGCUCGGCGGGCUUGUCGCCUUCUCGAGCUUCUGGGUGAUCCUGGCACGCGGCAUGGCACCAAUGGGCCGCAUAACGCUCCUGGCCUACAACGUGUCGACGCUGUAUGCGUAUAGCCUCUCCCAGAGCGACAACGACGACGGCGACGACGAGGGCGGCGUCAACCCCCUCAUCUUGCAGAUCGUGAAGCACCGCACCAUCUCCGUCACCGUCGGCAUCCUCUGGGGCCUGAUCGUCUGCCGCGUCAUCUGGCCGCUCUCGGCGCGCAAGAAGUUCAAGGAGGGCCUGUCGGUGCUGUACCUGCAGCUGGGCCUGGUCUGGAAGCGGGGCCCGCUCGCCGUCCUGCUCAGCAGCGACUGCACGCGCUCGUACCUCAAGUCGGGCGAGCAGGUGGCGCUGCAGAAGUACGCGGGCCGGCUGGCGGCGCUCCGGCUCAGCGCCAACUCGGAGUUUGAGCUGCGCGGGCCCUUCCCUUUCGCGGCGACGGGCCGGCUGAUGGCGAGCACGAACCGCAUCCUCGACGCCUUCUACGCCAUGAGCCUCGUGACGCAGCGCAAGGGCCGGCUGACGCGCGGGGAGCGGGCGCUGCUGCAGUUCACGGCGCCCGAGAGGGCCAUGCUGUGCGACCGCAUCUGCCACGUCUUCCAGGUGCUGGCCAGCUCCAUGAUGCUCGAGUACCCGCUCACCGAUGCCGUCCCCAGCGUCACGGGCCUGCGCGACAGGCUGCUCGGGAAGAUCUUCCAGUUCCGGAAGGAGCACGUCCCCCGGGGCUACAUCGAUGGCGCCCACGGCGGCGGCGGCGGCGGCGGCGACGAUGAGGGCAGUAGCGGGGCGGGUUCCAGCCCGGCGUUUUCGAACCCGCUGCACGUCGUGGUGGAGGAGAGGGACUACGCCUUGCUGUAUGCCUACGCCCUUGUCACGGGCCAGGUCGCCGACGAGCUGAAGAUUGUGGAGAAGGAGAUCGAGGGCCUGUUCGGCGUCUUGCACGAGGAGGCACUGUUACUCCAGUGAGGCUUCUUCGUUCCUCGGGCCUGUCGCUGCGGGGGAGGUUGGGAUAUAAAAAUCAGAAUGGGCAUAUUAGGGGGUUAUCAUGAAUGGUUUCAAUUAGCCGUUUUGCAGGCGUACAUGGAGCGGACUUGUGUCUUUGGCAGUCUGGACCGUAUGG